AUGCCGACGCCAUCCAACUAUGAUCCUACUCUGGACUCCAACCAGGAGAUGAAUGCUUCAGACGUGAAGAGUGUGGCGAUCGACGAGCCGAACAAUCCGAACAAUCAGUUGAACGAAACGAAUUGCUCCAAUGCAGAUCUCCUAGCAGUCCUAGCAGAGAUCCGAAGGCUCAAUUCUCGGCUAGAAGCCGUGGAAGUGCAACUGGAGCGGGAGUUUUCUCUUGAGGAGGAGAGCAAUCAAGUGGUGGACUCGAGAGACAGCACCUGCGAGGCAGAGCCAAAAGAUGGCACAGGGGCAGUGAAUCCGGUGGUGGUGGUGUCCAGCGAGGCUAAGGAGAUACAGGAACCGGACCCCCACCCGCCUAGGAGGUUGUCACAGUCUUUUCGGAAGAAGAAGGAACGUUUCACACCCGUACGUUUCGAGGAGAGUGCCUGGAGCAUUCCUUUAGUCAUCGGGCUGGCCGAUGUUGGAUGGCUGGACACUGUGGGUGCCCUGAUCCUCGUCCUGGUCAACGUCGGCAUGCAGACUGCGUUUUCCAGCAUUCUGCUGUCCGAGCCGUUCAUGGGGGAGAGCUUCGACACGAACCUCGACAGCGCGAGGAUUUGGCGGAGGAGCGUGGCGCACGAUGAUGCUUACGUGGACCUUUCAGGCACGAGCCUGGUGUCGCGCGUAUGUGGUGCUGACGGUGCGUUGAUCUUGUCCAACCAGCAGGCCGCAUUGGUGAAACAGAUCAACGCCUUCCUGGGCAUGGGCAAAGGAGACUUCACGCCCCAGAUGUUCCAGCCUGGCGUCCUGCUGUGCAUCCUUUGCAUCCUUCUGUGGACUCUGUGUGUGUACAAGGAGAUCCGAUCUGUUUGGCUGUCGCUGGAGGCCACCUUGCAGAUCCCGAAGGCCCGGAGGACGGCUUUCGACAACCGGACGUUCCUGUGUCUCUCCUACGGCCGUUACUGCCUCCUCCUGUGCAGCUUUGCCGCUCGCGCGGCGAUCGCUGCUGUGCUACUCGUGGCUGGCACUCUGUGGCUAGCGAGGACAACAUCGAUUGAAGAGCUCAUGCUGAAUGCGGUUGCUCUCCACGCCAUCCUGGAUGUUGACGAGUUUCUGUUUGCCUGCUUAACCCCCAUCAAGAUGCAGCAUGUCAUUCAGAGUCUCGAGCCGAUACAGGUCAAGUACAGUCGCCGGCGCAGCCAGUGUGAGACCAUUGCCCAUUUCUCCCUGAUCUUGACAGCAGUGCUUUUGGCUUACUACAUACUAAUAGCACCCUUGCAAAGCACUAUGCUAGAGGUGAAGAUCGAAUUAUGUGGCGGCAACCAGUCCUUCGUGGUUUCGUACAAUCGCGAUACGCAGGUGACGCACGGGCUUGUGACAGCAAGCGCAAAGACUCGCGACGAUGGCCAGUAUUCGGUCAGUGAGCUUGCAGUCAUGAAGCACAUCGGCAUCUCAGCUGAGGCCGCACCAGGGUAUAUUCCAGAUUCUUAUCUAGCAACGGGCAACAUUUUUCACUCUCUUUUAGGCUCUUGGACGUUUUGGAAAUUGCUUUGGAGUCCCCAGGGUUUGUCGUAUGUCCCCUCCCUUGGUGCUCGUAGGGUUUUGCGAGGAAGCAGGAUUUGCUUUAGUGUCCCACCCAAAUGGGGUCAAGUAGGCUCACCCCAUAGCAGGUUUUCCUUCCUAUUUGUGCGAAAAGACCGUGCGAAAACCACGCAAAACUCACCCACGAAGCCCGACAACAUUGACCGGUCAGUUUCGUGA